UCCGGAACAAAUAUGAUGGUGGAGAAAUUGUAGACUCUUUUUUUUAGUGCAGUUGCCGAUUUUCCUGGACACGUGGCGCUGGCUACUUUUGACAGAGGGAGGCAGAAAACCGCGGUGCGACAUGUCCGUUUUCCACGACGAGGUGGAGAUCGAGGACUUCGAAUACGAUGAGGAUACCGAGACCUACAGCUAUCCGUGCCCCUGUGGAGACCGCUUUCUUAUUACGCGGGAAGAUCUGGAGAAUGGGGAAGAUGUGGCGACCUGCCCAAGUUGUUCACUUAUAGUCAAAGUGAUCUACGACAAGGAACAGUUCAUGUGUGGCGAAGAAGUCUCACCACUUACAGAAAGCAAAACAUUAGUUAAAUGCUGAUAAUCACUGAAUAAAUAAUGUUCUUCUUGAAUAGAGUGGCAACAGUUGGACAGAAAGGACUCCUGUUCUGAAAACUUCAUGCUUUAUGCUUUGAUAAUUUAUUGCUUACCAGCAGCUACUUCAAUUCAAAGAUGAAUUGAUGUGGUGAAAAACUAUAUUUAUUUGUGCAUAAAGACACACUGCAAAUAAAUGAUAUUUGAAAGAGUGAAUAAUGUAUCAAGUUUAAGACUGAACAUGAAGAUAGUAGACAUGCAUUUGGGUUGAAUGCUUUAUUGAACCUAGACUAUUUGAUUCUUCUAACUAAAUACAAAAAUUAAACUAUUGGCUUUGUGUUUUAACAAAGAAAAACUACAGCUUUUAAAAAAAAAACUACCAGGCCUAUAAUGUGCACAUCUCUCAAUCAACUGGAGCUAUAGGCUUGUUGAAAAACACAUUUUGUAGUUGUUUAUGGAAGAAUACUAGGUAGGGAGCCAUGAUAACUCAGCAGGGGAGUGGUAUUCUGGAAAGUGAAGGCUACCACAGAGAAGGUAUGCUGUCUAAUUCAUGCCCCACAUAUUUGUUCCAUGUGAAGGUGUAAUAUUCUCAACAACCUUCUCUGGAUAAUUAAUUAAUUAAUUAAUUGGGCAAUAUCAAAAAGCAAAAACUAUAUAGACUUCAUUAAUUAAGAUAUCAUUAAUGUGAAUUUUAGAAUAAAUGCAGAAUUUUGGAAACAGGAAUUUCUCACCGUUAUUUAAACUGAAUUCAUUGAGGUGGAAUAUCAAUGAUUUGGAAUUUCAAAUAAUUGAUAUUCCUUUUCUCAGGUUUCUUGAUAUCUUAGUUGAAUUGCUGUUUAUAAAAAAACUGCUGAGGGACUCAUCUUCUGUCUCUUGUUAAAUCCAUUCUCCAUAAUCUUUCCCAAUAAUCAGGCUGGGCAAGCAAAUUCAGUUUUAACAAACUAUUACUUGAUUUAUCCUUUAUGCUACAUUUAAAACAACUUUACCACAAUAGGGCGCCCUCUGACUUGAGUCAAGAAUCAACUGAUAACCAGUACCACAAUAUUCAACCUAGUGUUGUUUUCGACUGCUAUAUACCAACUGCACUUUUCAUAUUGUCUCAGAGUAGUCCCACACAGAGUAUGUAGUACAAUCCAGUUGUAGUAAUCAGGUGUGAGUUACUUAUGUCAUUCCAUUCUAGCCAUGUAGAGUUGUAAAUAUUAACUAAAGUCCCUUUCAUAGCAUUUACCUGCUGUUUGAAGCAGGGAUGACCACAGUUCAAAAAUAUCCCUCAGUGGAGUACUAUAAAAACCUGAAGCAAUACCAGGACUAAAAUUAGCAGAUUGGUUAGAUGUUUAUUCAUGACCAAUAACUCUGUCUUGCAGGAUUUAAUCUCAACUUUUUUCUGUCUGUCAGCUUGUUUCUGUGUCCAUCCAGAUCCUUACAUCCUCUAGGCACCAGUUCAGGACUUUAAUGGUAUCUCCAGCUCCUGGAGUGAUGAUGUAAAAUUAAAAGUAAUCAAAGUACUGAUGAAAAGUGAUCCUGAAGCGAUAUUUUCCAGUAGUUUUAUGUAGAAAUUUAACAACAGAGCACUCAGACCUCAGAUAUCAUAUUGAGAGUCCAUCAACUUGAGCACUUUCUCCAUGAUCACUGACUAAAACUGCAGUUCAGAUAGGAGCACAGCAAUGGAGCCUCCAGUUCUCAACCCUUGUAAAUGAUCCAGAGUGGCACUGUGUUUCAUUAUAUCAAUUGCUGCUGAAGGAUUAAUAGGAUCCAGGAAACACACUAGUCUAGGGUUCAUCAGAACUAUAAAUGAAUCUUGAUUGGCAAAAGGCCAAUCAUUUCUUCCCGGAUCCUCUCAAGUUGAUUUGCUGUCACCUUAAUAAGCUUCUCUAAAAAGCUGAAAACAAAACAAAAUUUAUCAAGCAUAACUUGGUUCAGAUACAUUUAAGGCAAGAUCCACUAAUGCAUUUGUCAAGGCAGGCAGCGUUAUUGCCUCUCAAGCAUUGAUUACUUCCUUGAUUCCAUUCUCAACUUGCCAGACCACCCAAAAGACUUGGAAAACGUGUGGCUCUAGCCCAGGGGCAAUGGAAUUAAAACUAGAGAACCCAUUCAGAUCCGUGGCACGACAAAACCGCGCUUGACUAAGCUGCGCCCGAUUAAACCGCAUUGCUGACAUCAUCAACAG